UCCUCAAGGUUGGACCAGAGACACCGCACCAACGCAAACCCUCACCACUCUCUCCUCCGUCUCGCACCAUUCCCUCGCCGCCGGCGCCGCCGCCGCCAUGCUCCGGCUCCAUCGCGGCGUUCUCGCCCAGGUCCUCUCGUCUCUCUCCGCCUCUCCCGUAUCCCCUCUCCACCGCCUCAUCUCCGCCGCCGCGCCCGCCAUUUCCCCAAACCCUAGCUUCUCUGUCGAGGAGUAUCUCGUCUCCACCUGUGGCCUCACCCGACCUCAGGCCCUCAAGGCCUCCCCGAAGCUCUCCCACCUCAAGUCCCCCGACAAGCCCGACGCCGUCCUCGCCUUCCUCGCCGGCAUCGGCCUCUCCGCCGCCGACGUCGCUGCCGUCGUCGCCAAGGACCCGCAGUUACUCUGCGCCGGCGUGGAGAGCAUCCUGGCCCCCAACGUCGCCGCGCUCGCCGGCGUCGGGCUCUCGCGUUCCGACAUCGCGCGCCUCUUCUCGCUCGGCCGCUCCCAAUUCCGUAGCAGAGCCAUGGCAUCCACUCUACACUACUACCUGCACCUCUUCGGCUCCCUUGAGAACCUCCUCCGGGCGCUCAAGUAUGGUUCCCUUCUCUCCUCCGACAUCGAGGGUGUGGUCAAGCCCAAUGUCGCGUUCCUGCAGGAGUGCGGGCUAGCUACUUGUGAUAUUGCCAAGCUUUGUAUCUCCUGGCGAUAUCUGCUCCAAACCAACCCGGAUCGCCUACGGGAAAUGGUGGCAUGCGCCGAAGGUCUAGGUGUGCCCCGUGGAUCCCCGAUGUUCAGACAUGCGCUACGUGCUGUUGCAUUCCUCAGCGAGGAGAAACUCACCACCAAGCUAGAGCACUUGAAGAAAAUGUUCAGGUUGUCAGAUGCCGAGGUGGGCAUUGUUAUUUCUAAGGCUCCAGCAGUGCUGCUGAAGACUAAAGAAUCGCUGCAGCGCAGGUCCGAGUUCCUCAUGUCCGAGGUGGGCUUGGAACCGACAUACAUUGCUUAUCGGCCAGCAAUGCUCAUGUACAGCUUGGAGGGCAGGAUCAGACCCCGAUACUACGUUGUAAAGUUUCUCAAGCAAAAUGGAUUGAUAGAUCAUGACCGGGACUUCUUUAAUACAGUCAUGGUCAGCGAGAAGGUAUUUAUGGAAAGGUUCAUAUGCCCUCACAAGAAAGCUGCACCGCAUCUCGCUGAAGACUACGCAACUGCUUGCAGAGGGGAAGUUCCUGCCAGAUUCAGUUUUACGUGAACCAAGACCGGUAUGAAAAUUGGUAUGUAGAUUAUGUCAUUCAGUACAAAAGGAAAAAUCGCACUGGUAUGCACUUGUUCUUAUUCGUGUCAUAUUGUCAGUUUGACACACAUAUUGGAACUAAGAGAGUGAGAUCAGGGCAUCCUGCAAAUUCUUUGAAGUAUCGAUGAGUAGUAUUUCUGCACACUCCGUGUCUUUGUCUUCUGAAAUGGCUAUUGCAGUUUUCAAUGCAAUCGUCCAUCUACCCUUCAUGAAAGAAUGUUCCCAUUUGGCCAUCAAAAUGAUAUGAAGUCUCAAACUUCCCUGGGAGCAGUGUUUCUGUUUCUGACUAGUAGUUUGUAUCAGUUUUUGUUUAUUUGUCUCUUGUAGUUUUGGAUGGCCUCCUGGGUGAUAUUUUUCUAGGGGAAUGUGAUCUCGAAACUGAAUAGUUGAGUAGUAGGCUAGUAGCAUUUAUGUUGAAAGCCUAUUUAUAUAUCAGUAUGUAAACAGAAAUUUCUAAUGCCCUGGUAUUUGUACUGGAGAAGCAAAUUGAUGCGUGUAUACCAUGGUGCUGAAAAACAGAGAACAUUUCAUAUAACA